AUGAAGGAAGCAAUUGUCGAUGUUGGACCGGCGGUCAAGAUAAUAGAAUCGUCAGUCCCAGUGCCAAACGAUGACCAGGUCGUCAUCAAGGUGGCGGUCAGCGGGUCCAACCCAAAGGACUGGAAGGUUCCAGAGUGGAUUGCGGGCAAGGUCAUCAACCAGGGCGACGACAUCGCCGGCAUCGUGCACGAGGUCGGCGCCAAUGUCACCGAGUUCAAGCCCGGCGACCGCGUCAUGGCCUUCCACGAGAUGAUGACCCCGGGCGGUAGCUACGCCGAGUUCGCCCUCGCAUGGGCGCACACCACGGCUCACAUCCCCAAGACCACCACCUUCGAGGAGGCCGCCGCGAUCCCCCUGGCCGCGCUGACGGCCGCCUGCGGGCUGAACACGAAGCUCGGCCUCCCGGCGCCGUGGCAGCCCGCGAGCGAGCCGACCCCGCUGGUCAUCUACGGCGCGGCCUCGGCCGUGGGCAUCUACACGGUGCAGCUCGCGCUGCGGGCCAACAUCCACCCGCUCAUCUGCAUCGCCGGCAAGUCGCAGGACCACGUCAAGUCGUUCCUCGACGCCUCCAAGGGCGACACCGUCGUCGACUACCGGGACGGGGACGACGCCGUGGUCGAGGGCAUCAAGAAGGCCGCCAAGGGCGCGAGGCUCCUGCACGCGUACGACGCCGUCUCCGAGAAGAACAGCUACGUCAACCUCGGCAAGGCGCUCGCGGACGGCGCCAAGAUCACCACCGUGCUGCCGGUGAAGGAGGAGGACGUGCGCGGCGGCGUCUCCGUGAACCGCACCAUGGUUGGCUCGGUCCACCAGGAUGAGAAGGACCUCGGGUUCGUGUACAUGCGGUACUUCUCCAAGGGGCUGCAGGAGGGCUGGUUCAAGCCGCAGCCUCAGGAGAUCGUUCCCGGCGGGCUUGAUGGGAUCCAGAAGGGGCUGGAGAACCUCAAGGCUGGGAAGGCGAACGCGAUUAAGUAUGUCUUCAGGAUCUCUGACGACAAGUGA